AGCCAAUCGGCGUUCACUUUGUGUUGCGGCGCUCAGGAAUAAUACAGCGCGGAGAGGUCGGCAUCAAGUCAUGAACUUUUCCGCAUCCCUCGGUUGAGUGCGCAGUCAGCGAUGCCUGUGACGUCUCAGCUGCUCAGGGGUUUGCCCCGUGCCAAGGUCAUUGCUUCCAGUCUGUUACCAUGCCAACACCACCAGUCCCAGUUUGGUACCAUCGCCCACCGCCCUGCCUCAAGACCACCGUCCAAUGCGUGGCAAAGACGCCAGCCAUCCAAAUACUACCAGACGUCCUCCGCCCUGCACAGCUACAUCCUCACGCCCCCUCAGGUCAACUCCAUUCUGAAAGCCAACGAGUACAGCUUCAAGGUGCCUGAAUUUGAUGGAAAAAAUGUCUCAUCUGUGAUGGGUUUCGAAAGCAAUCAGCUUCCGGCCAAUGCUCCCAUAGAGGACCGUCGAAGUGCGGCUACAUGCCUGCAGACACGAGGAAUGCUGCUGGGUGUGUUUGAUGGCCACGCCGGCUGUGCCUGUGCUCAGGCACUGAGUGAAAGGCUGUUUUACUACAUAGCUGUUUCACUGCUUCCCCAUGACACUCUAUGUGAGCUUGAGGCUGCAGUGGAGGCCGGCAGGGCGCUGAGUCCCAUCCUGCAGUGGCACAAACACCCCAAUGACUACUUCAGUCGGGAAGCUCAGACCCUCUAUUUCAACAGCCUCCGGACCUAUUGGCAGGAACUGAUCGAUCUAACAAGCCCAGGCGAGGUUCCAGACACCCGAGAGGCCCUGCUCAAUGCCUUCAAGAGGCUGGACAAUGACAUUUCCUUGGAAGCCCAGGUUGGGGACCCAAAUGCUUAUCUGCACUACUGGGUUCUGAGAGUGGCUUUUUCUGGAGCGACGGCCUGUGUGGCUCACAUCGAUGGAUCUGACCUCUUUUUAGCCAACGCCGGAGAUGCUCGGGCGGUGCUGGGGGUGCAGGAGGAAGACGGCUCGUUCACCGCUCACACGCUGUCUAAUGACCACAGCGCACAGAAUGAGGACGAGGUCGCUCGGAUACGGGGCGAGCACCCCCCAUCAGAAAGGAAGACAGUCAUACGUCAGGACCGGCUGCUUGGCCUGCUCAUGCCGUUCCGUGCCUUUGGGGACGUGAAGUUCAAGUGGAGCAUCGAGCUGCAGAAGCGUGUCCUGGAGUCUGGACCCGAUCAGCUCCAUGAAAACGAGCACACCAAGUUCAUCCCUCCAAAUUACCACACGCCGCCCUAUCUGACCGCUGAGCCUGAGAUCACCUACCACAAGCUGCGGCCGCAGGAUCGCUUCAUGGUGAUUGGCUCAGAUGGCCUCUGGGAGACCCUCCACAGGCAGGAAGUGAUUCGAAUCGUGGGGGAGUAUUUAACAGGGGUCCAUCAGCGCCAGCCACUCAAAGUGGGAGGCUAUAAGGUCACAUUGGGACAAAUGCAGGGCCUGCUCGAGGAGCGAAAGGCUCGCAUGUCUUCGGCCUUCGAGGAUCAGAACUCGGCGACCCACCUGAUGCGUCAUGCGGUGGGAAACAACGAGUUUGGGACAGUUGACCACGAGAGACUGUCAAAAAUGCUGUCGCUCCCGGAGGAGCUGGCUCGCAUGUACCGCGAUGACAUCACCAUCAUCAUCACUCAGUUCAACCCCGUGGUGAUCGGAGCGCAGAGCAAAGAGGAGACAUCCUGAGCUGCUGGGAAGUGUUCGCACCGACACGCACACACGCCUCUACAGCUGUGUGCAGAAGGUUGGAAAAGGCGCACACUCCACGCCCAAACAGGCCACUGACAGAUCUGUCCCGCAGUUUUAACGCUAUUUAUGUGAAGAACUUUGUAUGUUUGUAUGAUGUGCUACAGAAGUUCUGUUUGUUAUGUGGCGAAAAAGAUCUCCAUUCAAAGCGGGAUCGAACAAAAUGUCAUUUAUUCUGCCAGCUUUAUCCAUAACCUCUUCACACAUACACACACACGCACACACACAC